AUGACAGCCAGAGGAAAAGACCGAGAGCACAGCAGACCCUGGCCAAGUAAAACACAAGCCCAAUCUCAAGCGGUGAUCGUUAAGAAAGGGGGCCGGCAGUACGCCGAUCUCCUAAAGACAGUGAAGCAGAAUAUCGAUUUAGGGAAAAUCGGUGUCAAAGUCAGGAACAUAAGAGAGACCGCAAGAGGAGACCUAUUGCUGAACGUGGAAGGGGGUGGUGAGAAGGCAGACUCCCUUAAAAAAGAAAUUGCCGCCCAGCUCAAGGAUGUAGGUGUCUCGCUAGCCAAUAACGAUGCCACUGUACACAUCAGCGAUAUAGACCCUACAGUCACCGAGGAGGAGAUCGAGGAAGCAAUUUACGAGGCAACCCAAGUAGACAGAGCAGCACCAGUGAAGGUGUUGAAUAUGAGGCCCACCAGAGAUGGAAAUAGAAUUGCAACUGUCAGGUUAUCAAAGCAUCUGGCGAAAGUCCUAAGCAACAGAGGCAAGCUGAUGAUAGGCUGGGUGGCAUGCAGAGUCCGUGAGAGAAUAGCUGUAACCAGAUGUUACAGAUGCUUGGAAUUCGGACACACACAAAAUGGAUGCACAGGCAGGGAUAGAUCGGGAGAAUGUCUGAGCUGCGGAAAAAUGGGUCAUAAAGCGAAAGACUGCCAAACGGACCCUUUUUGUUCUUCCUGUCAAGAAGCCGGUCACCGCUCCGACUCAACCAGAUGUCCUAAGUAUAGGAGGAUGGUGGAGGAUAAAGCAAAGAGGAGAGGCAGCUUCCGCAAGUAA